CUCCAGAGUCAUAGGCCAAUGCUCAAACCACAGCACCCCACUUGUUCUCAGGUGUGGAAUGUAGUAUUCUGAGGCAUGAAUACUGACUCUGCGUGCAACAUAAUGGAAAAGAAGCAAUUUCUCCAAAACCAAGCUAAGGAGCCUUAUGAAGAGGAAAAAAGAGAUUAUGCAAGGACAUGUAGUAACUGCAGUUCAAAUUUAAUAUCUCCAAGAGUCUUUCCUCCUUUGUCCUAUCCACCAUGUAUGAAUAUUUAUGGUGGCAAUGACUGGGAAGUUUCCCAGGAGCUAAGACUUCAGGAACUUGAAGAAGCCAAAGCCAGGACAGCCCAAAUGGAGAAGACCAUGCGUUGGUGGUCAGACUGCACUGCCAACUGGCGGGAGAAAUGGAGCAAAGUCAGAGUAGAAAGAAAUAAAGCUCGUGAUGAGGGGAGGCAACUGAAGCUUAAGCUGGAAGAGUCAAUAAAACAGCUAAGUGCCCUGAAAAAAAUAAAUGAAGCUUUACUUGCUGAAAAGGAGGAAAUGGGAGCUCAAAACAUUUGGAAAAAUAGCUUUAGUUCUUCUGAAAUGUGUUGGAGGAAAAAUGAUUGUUUAGAACCUUUGGAGAAAGAUUCUGUUAAACUUGCCCAGAACAAAAAGAUUUUUGAAUUAGAAAGUAUCUGCCAGGAAGUUUAUGCAAGUGGACAUCCUUUAAGAGAUCAUCAGGAUAUGAGAAUUAAUCUUGAAAUUCUUGAUUCUGGAGACAAAUACAUUCCAGUGUUUCAGGAAAAUUCUAACAGAAGCAAAGAUGACCCAAUACAUUGUCAGAAUGAUGAAACAGUACAUGUAUCAGUGUUGCAUCUGCAACUCCAUGAAUCACAGAAAACCUUACAGAAGGAGCAAAAGAUCCGCUCAUCUCUGGAAAAAGAAAUAGAGAAGGUAAAGUCAGAGAGAUCUCUGUGGAAAUGGAAAUAUGAGGAGUUACAAAAGAACAAGCAGGAAAAGCAGUUCGAUAUACGUAUUAAUUUGCAUCAGACUGAGGUGGAAAAAAAUAUGGAAGAUUUUGAGAAAGCCACUGAAGCGAAGUCCCCACAAGAUUUGAAGAGCUGGCAGUUACAGGGAGAGUUGCAGAGAUUACACUUAGAAAGUGCAAUGAAAUUGGGAAGACAAAAAACCCUUGAAACAGAAAAGCAAGAACUAGACAGAGAGAACAGAAGGCUGAAGAGCAAAGUGAAAGAUCUUCAGGAUCUUCUUGACAGGAAAAGUACACUGCUCACAGUUCAUUUGUGUGGUGAUCUCAAGACACCACACAAUGAAAAAAUAGCAAAAAAUAAGAUAACCCGUGAUUGACUUGGACUGGACUGACUAUUUGACAGCUCUGACACACCAACCACCUGCUUCUCUUGCUGCUUUUUGACUUGUGUUCAGGACAUUAUACUCUAGUUAAAAUGAACAUUUGAAUUUAGGUCUGACACUUAUUGUAUGUCUUCUACUAUUGAUAGAUGGUGUGAGAGAAAGGGAUUACCCUUCUAGCCAGCCAUGUUAGACAAAUAAACCCUGGCAAUCAGUAGGGUGCAAAUGUCACUACAGGUACACUCCCAUUUGUUUCACAGAUAAAGAAAGCAUUUACCAAAUGGUAUUUCGAGAUUAUGUCAACAGUUCUCACUGGCAGAUAUUUGAGAAAACCUGUUGUCUGAAAAUAAUGUGUGCAUGGAGCUGGACUUAUGGAGUACUUCACAAUCUUCACUAUCUCCCCCAUUGCCCAGUGUAUAUUUUCCCAAAGAGAACUUUUUGUCUCACUGUUUGACAGUUUUGAUGGAUGAGCUUGUGUGGCAGGAAAAAAAUUAAUAUUUUUAUUGAGAGAUAUUUACAAUAGGCUUUUUUUAUAACAUGGCUUGCUUUGCCCUUGCAACAAGGAAACAUCAAGAGAGUUUGUGAAAAACUAUCGGGCUGGAUUUUAAAUUAUUUCAUCUUGCUGUAUUUCUUUGUAUUAGAAAUAAUCCUUUGAAUUGUUUAGAAGUAUGAAUCAAUGUUGUUUUCAGGGCUGUGGAUGGCAUUUGUAAAUACUUUUAUAUGCAUAUAAUCUGCUUAUACUUUUGUACCUUGGUUAUCUCCUGCAAAGAGUUUCAUCACAAACAAUAAACUGGUGAUAAAUGUGAUAUUAAUGAGGAAAUGGGCUAGAUUUCAGACUCUUUCCUUUUAUAUUACUGUCUGGAUUCCAUUUGAGGAUUUGCUGGCAUGUAGAAUUGCACCAAGGUUUGUACUUGUAAGAUUUAUCUCCCUUACAACCAGUCCUUCUCUUAGUAAUGGACUUUCCCCCCUUCAGAUUGUAAAUUUGGACAAUCUUCCCAUCCAUCCACACUUUUAGCCAUAUAAUUCUUUUUGAUUUUUUAAAAUGGAAAUUAAAUUGGCUAAUUUUUUUUAUGCAGAGCACUGUGACUUCACAGUAUUGCCUCAACAAAUUUCCUUGGUGCCAUACGCUGGUUGGUUUCUCUUUCUUUCUUUCUUUCUUUCUUUCUUCCUUUCUUUUAACAUCAGAUCUGUUGGGAUCAAUCUUGUAAUUAAUU